UCUCGAUGACAUGAAGCGUUACGAGUUGCCUGCAUUGAAAUGUCAUUUUCAUUUUACGGUUAAUCAAUGCACCGCUUUUGACACGAGACAAAUAACAGGAAAUUGCAUAGUGAAUGCAUCGAAGAAUGCAUCCCCACUGGACACCGGGUGUCACGUGUGCAUUACUUCUCGCUGUCACAUUGUCACCUUUUCUCGCCGUUGAAAGCAGAAAGUCAAAUCAGCAAACAGAUACAUCAAUGAAAUUACCACGCGAAUUCAGAAAUGGUGGCGUUCCAACCCGUUCACUGUAUAAAGUUGGACCCGUAACCGUAAAUGUUGCCUCUCGCCCCAUGGAAAUGAAAGUGGAGAAUAUGCAUGGACGCAAUCCCCUUUCAGCCCAACUUGGAAUUGAUCUGCCAGAAUCCCUAGACCUACAAAGUCGUGUCGAUGGAAUCUCUCUCAGCAUCAGGGUUACUAGAGCUGCAGAUCUGAGAAUCAGAAACUACCAGUUUCGGGACUCCGACUGUGUCGACGUGUCUUGGAAAGCUACUACCUGUGUCACGGAGGUCCUGACCGAUUGCUUGGACCUUGGAAAGGGCCACUGGUACGGGGCAUCUGAACUCCGAGAACAACUCUGGCCGCUGGAGAAGGUGAGCACGAACAUGAUGCCCUUCGUCGGGACGGAUAGCGACUUCUCCGACAACUACGGUCCUGUCCAGGAGCGAAUGUUCUUUAGUUCCGAAGGACAAGGGAUCUAUAUUGAAGAAGACAUCCCACUGUUUGUAAGCAUCAACGCAACCGGGGAUAAGAAGUUGUGUCUCCAGGCUAAAUAUGAUGAGUAUUGGUAUUCCAGUGGUGGCGUCAAUCUCCCUGAGCUGAACUACACAGUAUGCAUGGCUCAGGAUGCCAGGAGUAUCCACCAGCUCUUGUCAGACCGGUACAUCCAGAAGCCAGAAGGAACUCCAAAUCCUCUGCUGUUCCAUACACCUAUCUGGGCAACAUGGGCAAAAUAUAAAGUCAACAUCACGCAAGCAAAGUUUCCAUACUUGGAAGGAUUCUCGACUCCGUCUGCCAGGUCUGUGCCAGGUUCAACUUACCAUGCAGAGGGGUUCGAUGUUUCAAACAAGGGUGACACGUCUUAUAACUUGGUACUGUCUUUGGAAACUGAGGUCAUGUGGACAAUUUGACAUGCGCAAGUAGAAUGCGCUGAUUAUGGUAAAGCAGAAGAUCAUUGUGCUAGCCCUUUUCUAAGGGGACGUUAUACACGUGAAUUCCGAAAAUGAGCCGGUUGAAGAAAGUGUGGAAUACAUGUUAUCAUUACUAUGUUAUUAGUAUAUAUCAGGCAAAACG